AGUCUACAAAACAAAUGUUUGUGUAACUGACAAUUAGAAUUUCUAAGGUUAGAAAGUUGAAAUAGUAAUUUUACUAUUUUAGUGAUUUAAUUACGAUUUCCAGUAUGGAAACGAUAUUAGAACAGCAACGUAGAUACCAUGAGGAAAAGGAGAGACUGGUUGAUGCAAUGGUUAAGGAGAUGUUGCAUAAAAAAGCAACUUAUCGAGAAGUAAUCAAUUCCGAUCAUCGACAAAAAUAUUUACUUGAUAAGUAUUUAACAUCUACAGAACGUUUAAUUGAUCUUUAUGAAGAUAGAGAUGGUCAAAGAAAAGCUGAAGUGGCUGCAUUGACAGGACCAAACGCAUUCCAGGAAUUUUAUAAUCGUCUUAAACAAAUUAAAGACUUUUACAGAAAACAUCCUAAUGAAAUAAGUAUUCCUAUGUCGGUUGAAUUUGAUGAAUUGGCUAAGGCUAGAGAAAAUCCUUCGGAGGAAAUGGCCAAUAUGGUUGAAUUCACUGAUGAAGAAGGUUAUGGAAAGUAUUUAGAUUUACAUGAAUGUUAUGAGAAGUAUAUCAAUUUGAAGGGAAUUGAAAAAGUGGAUUACAUUACUUACCUAGCUACAUUUGAUCAGUUGUAUGAUAUUCCAAAAGAACGUAAAACAGGAGAGUAUAGAAAGUAUCUUCUUAACUUGAUUGAAUAUCUUACUUGGUUUGUGCAAAGAAUAAAGCCAUUGAUGAACCUUGGAGAGAUUAUUGAAGCAGAGGCAGAAAUGGUAAUGAAGGAAUGGGAUUCCGGAAAUUUUCCUGGGUGGCCAAAAGAAACAGGAUCAGUGUUGGCCAAUAUGGGUGCACAUCUGGAUUUAUCAGCCUUUUCUAGCUGGGAAGAAUUAGCUUCCCUUGGUUUAGAUAGGCUGAAAUCUGCGCUGAUGGCAUUAGGAUUAAAAUGUGGAGGUACUUUAGAAGAAAGAGCUCAAAGAUUGUUCUCUACAAAAGGAAAAGGUUCCCUUGAUCCAGCUCUUAUGACGAAAAACAAAGCAGGAAAAGCUAGUAAGGAAAAAGAACAGGCGAGAUAUAAAGAUUUGGCUUAUCUAGAAGCACAAAUUUACCGUUUGGCUGAAUUAGUGUCAUCUCAAAGGUCAGCUACCAAAGAAAAUGUACAAAGAAAACAAGCUAGAACUGAUGGUGAAAGAGAUGAUAGUGAAAAUGAGGAAAGUGAAGAUGAUAGUCCCGAUGAAGCAGAUGAUGAUGUUCCUUAUAAUCCGAAGAAUCUUCCUCUAGGAUGGGAUGGUAAACCUAUACCAUACUGGCUGUAUAAAUUACAUGGACUGAACAUAAGUUAUAAUUGUGAAAUAUGUGGAAAUUAUGUUUAUAAGGGCCCUAAAGCAUUCCAGAGGCAUUUCGCAGAAUGGAGACAUGCUCAUGGAAUGAGAUGCUUAGGCAUUCCUAAUACUGCGCAUUUUGCUAACGUUACCCAAAUAGAAGAUGCUUUGGCCCUUUGGGACAAGUUGAAAGUACAGAAGCAAAAUGAACGUUGGCAACCAGAAACGGAGGAGGAAUAUGAAGAUUCGCAAGGUAAUGUUGUAAAUAGAAAAACGUAUGAGGAUCUGAAAAGACAAGGACUUCUAUAAAUUUCAAGUUUUUUAAAGAAAAACUUUUUUGUCUUAGAUUUUUUCAAAUAUGUGAAGCGAAAUUAUUUGCUAUAUUGAUGAAUUGAAUAAAAAAUUUGUAAUAA